AGCCAGCAGCGAGUUAAGAAAAUGGCGAUCAUGCAGGACGGAUGCCUCCCCCCGUAGAUGCUCCAAACGCGUUCAAAUUCUUUUAGCCUUACAGCCGGCUUUCCUUUUUCCACUCUGUUGCACUUUAUACUUCAAUGAGAGAUUCGGAAUUGGAAGCUGUUGCCACCAAAGAAGCAGAAGCAUCUAAACAGGGAACAUACCCACAGAGGGAAGAACAGUGGAUGGAAGAGAGAGAGAGACGGAGAGUGUGAAGAGGAAGGAGGAUAAGACGAUACAGGUCUGGUCAAAAGUGCCAGAGCAAACCAAGUGAAGGCAGAGUCCUAAACCUGAACCACAUCCCCCCUUCCCCUUCCCCGCUCUCUCACACACACACAAACACACACCUGCAUGCGCACAUACACACACACACAAACUCACACACAAAUAGUCCUCAGCAAUGCCAAGGAGGCCUGAUCAGCCUGCUGCCCGCUCUGACACGCCCCGCCUCUUCACCUCAGACCCUUGAGGCUGCGCCCUCUGAACUUUGACAUUUGGCCUCCCCUUCGUCGACCUGGGAACCAGAGGUCACCUGUUCUCCACUGAACGCGGGGACGCCCUCCUGCCCAGUCGGGAGUCGCAGCCAGGUGCCGCACUUACAGGCAUGGCUCCCAUUCGGGAUUCCGUCAGCCACUCCCCUAAUCAAACAGGUCUGGAGCAUCCUGGCUUGGACUCGCAGUAUGAGCCCUCCCCCUGGUCCUCUGGCUCUCCCUGCAGCAGUGACAGCAACAGCAACUGGGGCAAAGUCCUAGUGGAUGGAAGCACCGACAAACCCAUCAACCCUUCCUCAACCAACUCCUCUGUCUGGCCUCCCUCCUCCUCUUCAUUCUCCUGCUCCUCGUCUUCUUCCUCCUCUGGCUGCGGGUCAGGAUCAGACCCUGAGCUGGCAUCAGAAUGUAUGGACGCAGACUCUAGCUCCUCGAUCGGCUCAGAGAAGAACCUCGCCGCUGUGACGACAGUGAUGAUGAUGUCAGCAAAUGCUUCUCCAGCUGUGUCUUCUGCAGCGUCUCCUCCUUCCUCCUCUUUGGUGACUUCCCCCAUGAUGGUCGGUGUUUCAGUCAACGGAGACAGCAAUGGAAACAGCCGUCAGGUGAUCGGUGGAGGGGUGGGAGCCAUCAGCGGUGCAAAUAAUGGAAAUAAUCACAUUACUGGGCCCUCCCUCUACUCCAUGGCGGGGUCCAGCAGUAUUGGCAGCAAUAACUUGGGUAACCACAACAACAAGCCCGUCAAUAACAGUGGUGUGUGGGGCACCCAAUCAGGCAGCAACAUCAUCCCCACAGGUGGAACCAGCCCCUGCAUCAAUGGAGGGUUGAACCCAAACACUUUGAACCCAAAUGCCAACCACGGUGCCUGGCCGCAGAAUCCAACCCCAAGCCCAGCGUCCCAGGGCCAACGGCCUCCACAGGCUCAGGGGAUGAGUUCCAAACUGGGUAUGGCUCCCCAACAGGGCCCCAUGCUGGGCUGGGGUGGCAUGGCAGCUCCAAACAACAGCAGUAUGAUGGAGGACACUGAGGUGAAUAAUGGUACAGCAAGCAGCAAGGUGUUAGGAAGCAGCAACAGUGGAAAUGGUGGCCUACAGCCUACCAACCUUAACACUGAAUCCAAUGGACCAAAUAACACUAUUAUGAUGAAUACUAAUACUACUACAAAUGCCACAAUGACCUCUAGUCCACCAAACUCUACCGCCUCCCCCCAGCUCAGCGGGGAAUGUUCCUGGGGCUCUAUUGGAGGAGGGAAUGGGGGUCCGAUGGCCAAUGGAAUCCCCUCAUCAGCCCCCCAGCACCCCCAAGGAGAGCUGGGGGGACCUGGGGCCUUCGGUACGCCAUGGGGCGCAACUACCUACCCUGGAGACAAGGGCCACCCAAAUGCAGACACUGUGAACCCCCAAAACCCUGCCUUAAUGCAGGCUGGGAACCCCCAAAUCUCCUCUACUGCUGCUAACAAGAGUAAUAAUAACCACAAUAACACUGGGGCCCCUCGCUGGGAUCAGGGGCCUGCCAAUAACCCAAACCAACCCCAGAGUAACACGCCCUGGGGAGGAUAUCAAGGCUCCGGAUCUGCAGGCCAAACACCAGGGAACGGGAACCAAACUACGAUGGGUCCUCCAGCAGGGAUACCCCACCCCUGGGGAAGCAGUGCGUCGUCUUCUUCCUCGUCCUCGUCAUCCUCUUCCACUUCUAACAAUAAGAUGCCGAACGGAGAGUGGGGAUCAGCGGCUCCUGGCAGCAACCAUUCAGAAGCUGGAAGUCAUAAAGGAAGCUCCGCCAACAAUGGCUGGAAGAGCUUGGAGGAUGACGCCAUGGGCAUGGGAGGCGGAGGGGGUGGAGGAGGAGGAGGCCACGCCUUGGGAAAUGUCACUGGAGGCUGGGGUCGCUCAGGAGGAAGUGAAGGAAGCGGAGAAAGCUCCGGAGGCCGUUCCAGCUCAGACAGAGACCAGUCGAAAGGAUUGAACCGUAGAAAGAGUCCCCCGAUUGCACCAGUAGUGUCAACAGUGUCCCGGGCCGACGUGGAUCCAAGAGUUCUGUCCAACACUGGAUGGGGACAGACGCCCGUAAGGCAAAACACCGCCUGGGAUGUCAACUCUACACGCAAUCAGAACCAGGGAGGUCCCAGAGGGGAUGAUAGAAAGCCAAACAGUGGAGGCUCUGGCUGGGGCACAGCAACACCAGCAGCGCCUUCCCAGACCUCUGGAGGUUGGGGGGGUGGGCAAGGCCCAAGUACAGGAGGCUCUGGCUGGGGAGACCAGCCAACCUCUGGAUGGGACAACAAACCCUCAGCAGAAAGAGGAGGAGGAGGAGGAGGAGGAGGAGGAUCUGGGCAGAGUAACUGGGACGAUGGAUCCAGCUACAAAGGGAACAACAACAGCAGCAGCAACACCUGGAGCAAUAACGUCAACAAAGAAGACAGGUCCAACACCUGGACUAAUGCUCCCAAACCGCAGCAGGGCUGGGGUUCCAGCGGUGGAAAUGGAAGUGAGGGCUGGGGUUCUGGUGGACAGGGGGCCAACAACCACUGGGGGGAGCCCCAGAAAAGUGCAGGCUCAGCGGGUUGGGAAAGGGACAGCAACAGCGACCGGUCGGGCUCUGGAUGUUGGAGCGAGCCGAGCCGAACCAACACCAGCAGCAGCAACACCUGGGCCGGAAGUGGAGGAUCGAAUACUCCUGACCAGAGCACUCCAAACCCAGGAUCCAAUUGGGGUGACUCGAUCCACAAGCCCAAUCCUCAGAGUAAUAACCAGAGCUGGGGUGAGCCAAACCCUAAGCCAUCCAAUGAGUGGGGGAAAGGUCCCGAAUCCGGCUCGGCAAGAGGCAAUCAAGGACCGAGCAAGCCCACAGGUUGGCUGGGAGGCCCCAUGCCUACAGCAGGUCAGAAGGAGGAAGUGUCAACUGGGUGGGAAGAGCCUUCCCCUGAGUCGAUCCGGCGGAGGAUGGAGAUCGAUGAUGGGACGGCAGCUUGGGGAGAACCUGGUAAACACAGCGUUGGACCUGUCAACAUGUGGAACAGGACUGGCCAGUCAGGUCAGGAGGCUAUGGGUCCACCCCCCCAGCACCACUCCCACCCUGCACACAGCUCCAAGCAUCCUCCUCAGCCCAUGCACCCUCCGCCACAGGACAAACCCAGCAACUCAGGCUGGGGCGAGCAUUACUCCAAACAGAAGGAGUCCUCCACAUGGGGCGAGUCUACCAGCGCUCCUCCUGUGAGUGUGGACAACGGCACGUCUGCCUGGGGGAAGCCCAUGGACACAAGCUCCAACUGGGAGGACCCCAGCAGAGGUGGCCGAGACUCUGGGUCCGGAUGGGUUGGCCAGCAUAAGCCUGGCGGGUUCAACGGCGGACAUCUCGGCAGAAACUUAUCUGUGAAGGCUCCAGGUCCCAAGCCCAUGGAGACGUGGUGUGGUGAAGAUGGCUCCACGAGCAACAGCUGGGAUCAGGAAGAAGAGGUGGAGAUAGGCAUGUGGAGUAACAGCCAACAGGACAGCCGGUCCCACGACCAGAACACCUGGAACUACAAGAACAAGAGCUCCAACAAGAUGAACAAACCAGUCAACAAACAGGAUGAACCUUGGAUGAGACCUUUGAUGAACCAGUUCAACUCCAUGAACUUCUCCAGAGACUCUCCCGAUGACUCCAUGAAGGUCGGAGCCGGGAUGAUGCAGGACAAGCGCAUGGACAUGGGCAGCAUCGGAGACUAUAACGGAGUGAUGGGGAAGAACCCGGGGUCUCGACACCAGCUCCACAAAGAGUCUGCCAUGGAUCGCAGCUCUUACUAUGACAAGAAUGUAAACCCUAUGAUGGGUGUCAGCAGCGUAGCACAGGGCCGCGGUGGCCCCCAGUCCCAGGUCCCUCCUCAAUCCAACCAUCGUAAUCAAGUGCCUACCCCCAUCCUGCCCUCUCAGGUCCCUCCAUCCUUGCUGAAGUACCCAGGAGGUAACGGAGGCCUGAACCCCCUGUUUGGCCCUCAGCAGGUGGCUGUGCUUAACCAACUCUCCCAGCUCAACCAGCUGACACAGAUCAACCAGAUCAACCAGUUACAGCGUCUGCUCCUCCAGCAGCAGCAACAACAACAACAACAGCAACAACAACAACAACAACACCAACAACAACAACAGCAGCAGCAGCAUCAGAAAGCUCAGAGCCAGAGAAUCAUGCCGGUAGGACGGCCGUCUGAACAGACACGUCCCAUUGGUUCGUCUCCAUCAAUGAUGCAGCCGCCACGUCACCUGGACCCCUCCCUGAUGAAACAGGCUCCGCCUCUCAAACCAUACCUGGAGAACUACUUGUCCCACAAUGCUCCUGAUAUGCAGAAGGAUGCUGCUUCUCUCGGAUCCUUCAGCAACUUCCCUUUAAGCUUGAACUCUAACCUGAAUGUAUCCCUGGACAUGGGUGUUGGCGGUAGUAGUGUUGGACCUGUGGGCUACAAAGAGCCACCCCAGUCCAAACUGAAGAAACUUUGGGCUACUGACCCUCUGGAGCAGAACAGCAAACCUGGUGCUAUGUCGUCUGGGCUGCGUCUGGAGGACUCUCCCUUCUACGACUACCUGUCCCCCGGCCCCUCCCCACUGAGUCCUCCCGGCCAAUCAAUGGGCUCGGUGGGCGAUGGCUGGCCACCCCGUGCCAACUCCCCCCCAUCCCAUGGAAACACUGUCACCUGGCCCCCAGAGUUCCGGCCCGGGGAGCCUUGGAAAGGUUACCCCAACAUUGACCCUGAGACUGACCCGUAUGUGACCCCCGGCAGUGUCAUCAACAACCUCUCCAUCAACACCGUCCGCGACACAGAUCACCUCAGGGACAGGAACAACGGGCCAUCCUCAUCACUGAACACCACGAUGCCUUCUAACAGUGCCUGGUCAUCCAUUCGUGCCUCCAGCCACAGCGGUUCCCUCACCAGUACAGCACAAAGCACUUCAGCCAGACCCAAUGAGUCAAAAUGGUCUCCUGGCGGCAGUUCUGUGUCCAACUCCUCCCUGGCCCAUGAGCUGUGGAAGGUCCCCCUGCCUCCCAAGGCUAUGUCUGUGGCAGCCCCCUCUAGACCCCCGCCCGGCCUCACCAGCCAGAAACCAAGCUCCGCCUCCUCCGGCUGGGACGGCUCUGCCCUGAGGCUCGGGGGUUGGGGUGCGUCUGAGUCCAGAUUCACACCUGGUUCCAGUUGGGGUGACAGCAGCUCAGGGAGAACCCAAUGGCUUGUUCUCAAAAAUCUCACACCGCAGAUUGACGGCUCUACCCUGAGGACUCUGUGUAUGCAGCACGGCCCUCUGAUCACAUUCCACCUCAACCUGCCGCACGGCAACGCUGUGGUCUGCUACAGCUCCAAGGACGAGGCUGCCAAGGCGCAGAAGAGCCUGCACAUGUGUGUCCUGGGGAACACUACUAUUCUGGCUGAGUUUGCCAGCGAGGAGGAAAUCAACCGUUUCUUUGCACAAGGGCAGUCACUGGCCACCCCCUCCUCCGGCUGGCAGACCAUCGGCUCCUCUCAGAGCAGAAUGGAUCAGUCUCACCCCUUCUCCAGCCGUGCUCCUGAGCCCACCCAGUGGAACAGCAGCGACCUCCACAGCUCCUCCCUCUGGGGCGGGCCAAACUAUUCCAGUAGCCUGUGGGGGAGCCCGAGCGGCACCGAGGUGGGCCGGAUCAGCAGCCCUUCUCCAAUCAGCUCCUUCCUCCCCGUGGAUCACCUGACAGGGGGCGGGGACUCCAUGUGAGCCGCCCGCCAAUCAAACAGGUGCAAAGGAAGGGUCAGUAGAGAAAUUAUCAAUAAUCAGCAGAAGAAAAAAAAACAAAAAAAAAAAAGUAGUCAUAAACGCAACGGCACUAGUCGGACUCUUUCUCACUUUCAGAUAUUCAACAAAGCGGGGUCUCCCCUGUGGAAAACAAGUUACGUUUCUCUCUCUGCACAUAUGUCCACUUUGUUUUAGCCCAAAAACAUAUCAGUUGGAAUACUUGAAUCAUGCAGGCCAAUUCUAUAAUGUGAACAGAUGGAUAUUUGCUUCCAGGUAGUGCUCUUUCAGACCGAAAAAAGCUUCAAUCGAGCUCAUUAUAUAUAUAUAAAUAUAUUUUUUGUUUCAUUCGUCAUGUUUAUUUGAAUUCCAAUUCUUUUCAUUUUUAACGUUUUCUUUUUGUUUCUUUUAAUUUUUUUUUUUUGCAUUUGUUGGCUGACAAUGUUGGAGUAUGAGCUUUUUUAACUUUGCACUGAAUGUGUUUUUCCUCAGUAUAUAUAAUCUGCAAUAUAGAGGGAGCAGCCAGUUUUUCCAGUGUAGCUGUUUACUCAUUGCGGUCCUUACCGUAUGUGUGUAUGCGUGUGCAUGCGCACGUGUGUGAGUGUGCGUGAAAGAGUGUGUGUGGAAGUAUUCUGUGUGUGUGUGCAUGAUUGCGUGUGUGAAAGACUACGUGUGCGCUCCUCUCUGCCUUGGCACGCCUACCUUACUGCGUUGUCGUGGAGUUCAAGAUCAACAGAUAGUUGAAGAAGAAGAAGAAGAAGAAGAGAAAGCUGACUUAGGAGGAUUAUCUGGUGAUAGUUCAAGUGACAUUAAAAAGUAUUGCACCAAUUUUGUUUUAAAACUAAAGAACGUUGAGCUCUGCAGUGCAAAGGACUGUAGCCGCAGCUGGGACUAGCAAGCCCCGCCCACCCCAAUCUAGGGGGCGGGGUCUAUCUAGCAAGCCCUCCCGUUGGCCCUCUAAUGGGCCCGGGUGGGGAACAGCACUUUCAGAAUAGGCUUUCAAUGUUUUGGAGGUGCCACACUGCAACCUCUUGUUUACAAGACUUAGGAGGCGGAACGUGUGUUCAUUCUUCAUUUUAAAGAGAAGAUAGAAAAAAACAGAAAAUACAAAAAAAAAAAACACAAAAAAAAAAAAAGAAGAAAAAGCUUUAAAAAAUCAAUAAAACAUAAAAGUCAAAAAAGAAGUUAAACUCUUAUUGAGGAUGAAGACGAUGCUCUGUAACUCUGGGAAUUCGGAUCAGUGUUUUUGGCCAUGGCGUUGGUUAUUUGAACUAUUCCUCUUUGUCUGCUAAAUAACCAGCAAUGGUUCUCAGGAAAUCAAGCCAGUUUUCCCCCCCUUGUAGGUGAAUUUAAAAAAACUACUACUCCUUAUAGGAAAGGAAAAUCCAACUUCUAGCACUGAAAACUAUGUAUAGGUCUGUAAGUUUGUUUCUCUGCCAAAUAACUGCUUUAAGCUGGAGAAGCUCAACACACUGCUUUCAAUAUGCUGUCUUUGAGGGAGGGGGGGUCCUGAUGGAGGGGAGGACGGGCUGUAGAAAACCUCCUCUCUCCUCCUCUCCUCCUCCUCCUCCGGUCCUCCACUCCACUGAUGUAAAAAUCAAAGUGCGGAGUGUUCCUGGUGUGCGUGUGAUUGUCAGUUCUGUCUUCUUGUCAGACGUGUAAACCAAGAGAAAGGCGACUCUGUAUCUAUGCAUACUGUAGCCUCUCACAUGGCCUACUGAGAGGCGCUUUUUUUUUUCUCUAUAUUGUUCCAGUGUCUCAAAAUGUUUUAAAUGUUUCAUUGAGUACAACAAAUGCGAAAUAUGACUUGCUUUUUUUUUUUUUUUUUUUUUUGCUGUUUUAAUCACUCUCAUUGCCACAAAUGGUGUUUUGAAAAAAAAAAAAGGAAAGAAGAAAAAAAAAAAAGUUAAAUCUUGUUUUUUUUUGGUUGAAGAAACUAUUUUAACAGUGCAAAAGUCGUCCACAUUUCAUUGCCUUGAUCCUAAUUGUGUCCGAAGAUGCAACAAGUCAAGUGGCUUCUACCUGUUUACAAAUAGAACAUGAUUGUAUUGUU